CCAAAUAAGUUGCCUGUAUCGAUCAGUCCUACCAAAUACCUUAGCCAAUCACAAACAUUCUAAAUUUGAAAUACAAGCGUUUAAACUUGCAGUGAACGACAAUUACUUUACAACAAUCGUACGUUUGUAAAACGCAACAUAUAGCUGAUUCUAACGAAAUAAAUAGAAAAGCGAUAAGCUAGCUUCUAAAGAAAAGAAAAUUCACAAGAAAUUUAAAAAAUUUAACGAAUUCUUUUUAGAUUUGCCAAAUAUAUGCUAUUAUUGUGUUUUAGAAAAUUAAAGUGUAUAGCAAUUAAUUUUACAUUCUAAUUAUAUGAAAACAGAUUAUUGCGCAAUUAAUAAAUCACCUUGCUGUUUUAUCGUAUAUACUUUAAAUUAAUCUAAAUUUAUAAAAAUACAGAAAAGACGUUCUGUCUCCUCUCAUCCUUCACAAAUUUUGCUCUUAUUUUCAUCGUGCGACCAACAGCUAAUUAUGGUUUCCGUCGCAAAAAUCUUCAAUGUUACCAUACCGCAGAGAAACGGUCUCUGUUGCGCGAUCUGCAAAAUCGUGAAUUGCGAAAACGAUCCCACGAUCUACUCCAACUAUUGCGGAAGCAGACUCAAGUGCGGGCAAUUUCUGCGACAGACUCCUCAGACGAUGGCCGCUCCAAUAGUUAAUCGGAAGCUUCUCGAGUCCGGCUGCUCCCUGUACAUCAUCGUCGAGAGGGACUUCUUCAAAAGCAGUAUAUUCCAGGACCAUUGCGACGCCCUCAACAUACAGGUGGUGCGUGUCCGCAGAGUUCUCUUAUCCGUAGCUUACAUUAAAAUUAUCUCUUUUCUCGAAAUGAAUCACUCGCGUGAAAUUCAUGUUGCGCAGAUGGACGUAUGCGAUCCCAUUCCGACUUGCGUUUACAAGGCUUGUCUCCUUUAUACCGUGGAAUACAGGCUGGCACCGCAGUGGAACAAGGUCGGAUUUUACCUCGUCGAGGGUCGAGACUUCCUCAGCUCGACGGGAAGCGUCCACGCGAUCACGCUGAAUAUCAAAAACAUCCGCGAUAAUAGUGCUCAGUUUCACGUGGAAGCUGUAAAUCUCAAAAUACCAUUUCUGAGAUUGAAUGCCGCACGCCGUUUGCAACAUGACUUGCAGCCGCCAGUACGUGUCCUACCGAGCUUGAAAAUGGCGAACGUGUUGAGUAUAUCGAAAGAAAUUAAAGAAAAUCACCUGUUCAAGGAUUACGAGGAUCUGCGCGCAUAUUGGGAAAAUGUGCACGGUUAUAUAUUGCCAGAUUACGAGGAAGGACUUUUAUUUUACGAUAUCGAGUUCUAUUAUUUUAAGUCGAGCGUUUUCGUAUAUCCUGAAACGUGCUUAAUCUCAGGACCUCUAGAAAUUCUUUCACCUACAAUGGAUGCAGUAUCCAGGAUUUACAAAUUUGUAGGAGAUCUAAGAGGAAGAGUGACAAAACUGUGCGGACAGCAAUUGGACAUAUGCCCAGAAAAUAUGUAUCAAGCAGCUACCUUAGCUUAUACACCAUUGUCAUCAAAAGUUGAUAGAUUUUCAGUCUGCGAUUCAGGAUAUGGCACACUGUCGAGAAAAACUAGAAAUGUGAUAUCAUUGCGUCAAAUGUUUAAUACAUGUGAUAUUCCUACAAAACGGUCACGAUUAUCGUUACCAGGGAUGAAUAAUUCUCUUACGUGCGAGACCGAGGACGAUAAUUUCGAUCUUGGAAUCAGUCCAACGAGUUCCACGAGCAACUUUAAUAAAUUGUUUAAAACUACUGAUAACAUUUCGACGGUAUUAUACGAUGAAGAUAAUGCUAUGGCCAGCAAACCAAUUGUACAGAAAAAUGAACGCAAGUCGCAUUAUUUUGAGCAAGAACAAGAAUCCGAGAGCAAGUCUUCCACGGAGCUGGCAAAUGAAGAAGAAAAAUUCGAUAAAGCGAGUUUAAAGGAAAAAUUGUUAAAGAAUAUUUAA